CAGAUUACAUAUGUGACAAAACGUCAUUUUGACAUUUGUUACUGGCAAAUGGCAAUUCAGCAUCCAUCUUUCAUUUUCAAUGCAUUUUUUCUAUUUUACGAAUUACGAUCGAAUUUUGGUUUAAAAAGCCUUAAUUCAUUAAAUAAAAGUGAAGAUAAAUUAUAGAUAAUAUAUCAAGUAUUUUUUAACAUCAUCUGAAUAAGCUAUCUGAUAGAAAGAUGUCGUCAGGAAGACCGAUUAAGUGUGUUGUAGUGGGCGAUGGAACUGUCGGUAAAACGUGCAUGUUAAUAUCGUAUACCACGGACAGUUUCCCCGGAGAAUACGUACCAACAGUUUUCGAUAACUAUUCAGCUCCAAUGGUUGUGGACGGAGUGGCGGUUUCCUUAGGGUUGUGGGAUACAGCUGGACAGGAAGAUUAUGAUAGACUGAGACCUUUAAGUUACCCUCAAACUGAUGUCUUCCUUAUAUGCUUUAGUGUAACAAGCCCAUCGUCAUAUGAGAAUGUGACUUCAAAAUGGUAUCCUGAAAUAAAACACCACUGUCCUGAUGCACCUAUUAUUCUUGUUGGUACAAAAAUUGAUCUAAGAGAUGAUCGUGAAACCCUAAGUCUGCUCUCAGAACAAGGCAUGUCUCCUCUGAAGAGAGAACAGGGCCAGAAACUGGCCAACAAAAUAAGAGCUGUAAAGUAUAUGGAGUGCUCAGCUUUGACACAGCGUGGUCUUAAACAAGUGUUUGACGAAGCAGUUCGUGCAGUGCUGAGACCUGAACCACAGAAGCGACACCAGCGGAAGUGUUUAAUUAUGUAAAUAUGAACAUGUUGACACCAAUAUGUCACACGAGCAGGAAUCUCAAAGCAACAGUAAUGAUAUGUUUCUAAACCAGUAUUGGUCUAAGAACCGGCAUAAGGAAUAUAUACCCUCAUCUGUUAUUUAUUUGGGAUAAGAAAUAAAUGAUGGAAAAUAUUCAAAUUGGGACAUUGCAAAUAGGUUGCCUAGUUAAAUUGCAGCCACACACAUAUUUUAUACAAAAUCUAGGAAACCAUGAACUGCAUCAAAAGCAACUUAAAUACAGUAAAAUUAAGCAUAAAAUAAAGCUUUCAUUUGACAUAUUAGACAACUAAAUAACUGAUGAGGUAUUUGUAUAACAUUAUUAACUGUUUAUAUCUGGAAACCCCACAGUUGCAGUGUGAAAGCUGGCAACCUUUACGUUUUUAAUUCUGUUGGGAUUAUUCUUUUAACUAGUGUACAGUUUUUAAUUAAGCAAAGAGGAAAAUAGUUUGAAUAAUCGUUUUAUACUCUAUAUUUAUUAUUAUUAUUUCAUAACUUAUUUGCAUGGAUCUCCUAUUAAAAAGUGAAUGCACAAUCAGCGACCAAAAAACGUCCCCACUCAGUGAGUGAGGAUUGGCACUCAAUUCAAGUAGUCACAUUUGCAAAUUCAAAAAAAGCAAAAUUGGCCAGUAUUUAAGUGAAUUUUUCUCCAUGAUUGUGCGUCCUUUUAUUAUAAGACAUCAAUGCUUAUUUACAAUGUGUCAAUCUGAAUAUUUUCUGUCAUUUAUUUCUUAUCCCAAAUAAAUAACAGAUUAAGGUGUAUAUUCCUUAUGCAGGCUCUCGUACUAUAUUAGAACACUUCGAUUAUUACAAUACAAAUUUCCAUUAUUAGCAAUUUUCUUUUGCAUUUUAAUGUGCCAUAACAUAACCAAAUGGUGAUAUCUUCUAUGUGAGACAAAAUUUAUAUUAGCAUCACAAAAAAAAACAAUUAUUAUUUUACCUUCUCUGCUUAUUAUAGCAAAAUGAAAAUGCCAAAGAUUUAAGAAUAGAUAUUAUGUAAGUUUCAAUAUUUCUUUUUUAGUUGCAUAUAGGAGCUGAUGUUGGAAACAAAUUGUUACUGUUUAUUAAAAUUUGAGAAAUAAUAAUAUUAUUUUUAUAAUAUUAUGAAAUUAUGACCUCAAGAAUUUUUGAUGUUUCGAAUUAUUCUUAUGCAACUUGUGAAUAUGGACUGACAAUUAAAAAAACGAGCUAGUUAUCUUAAUUGCAUACUCGAAUAAUAGUAAUCUCUUAGUUGCAAGGAUGAAUAUUUUGUAUUGACAGGCAUUUAUGAUAAUCAUGUGCAUUUUAUUAUAAUAGUUUUCAUUUAUACAUAAAACUACAACUUAGGUAAUAACAACUAGGCACAUAAUAAAGUUAGUAGACCUACGCUAGAAAUGGCAGAUGGAUAAUUGAAAUGCUAUUAAUGUGUUUGUCGUAACAAAGAAUGAAUGCUCUCAGGGUAAGGAACAUCACAAAAAUAAAUAUAUAUAUUUACAGUAGUAUUUGCUUAUAAUGACGUUCUAGAAAAUGUCUUUGGGCUCAGGAUCACACUUCUCAAAGUUUGAUUUAUGUAUAUGAUAUUCUUGGCGAGAAUUUACCUUCCAAGACAUCUUUCAGACUUUACGAGUGUCUGAUAACAAAAUAUGGUCCUAGAAAUUUUUCUGACAUGGUUAUCAAUUAUUUUUAAAUCUUGAAUAUUUUAUAAAAUGAAAAUAUAUCUCACUCACUAUAAAUAUCUCGCAAAGUAUGAUUGAAUGAGCAGUAUGGUCAUGAAUAAAUACUUUGUUCCUGGGCCCAAGGAGCAAGGACUAGUGACCAACACCAACACAUCCGGAAAAUAAAUUACAUAUUUUAGAGAGAAAAACUAAAAAUGGUUUACCACCUCGCAAUAUAAUUUAUGUAGAAUAUCUCAAACACACCAAAUGGGGGGAAGGAAUAACCGUAACUGGACAUAUUUAUUUAGAAAUAAAUCAUAAUUAGUUAUUCUAUAAUAUAUGGUUAACGAGUCUGUGACACACAUCUAGACCUUUGUUAUUUUAGAAAAGCUGAGAGUAUGCUGCCCUACUAAGUUAGGUGUCUCAUAGGCGUAUAUAGCAGGUAGGCCGGGUGGGCCGUGCCCACCCUAGGAUGGAUCUGUGUCCACCCUAGAAUGGACCUGUGCCCAUCCUAUGAUUCUGGGCUACCAAUAUGAAAUUCUAUUAUGAUACUAAUAAUAGACUUGAUUACGGGGGCCUGGCUCACCCUAGGAAAUAAUCCUAGAUACGCCAAUGUGUCUGUCUCAUAUUAUACUGAAGAAAAUACAAAAGUAAUAUGCAUUAUUAGACUAUAAUUAUGUGUGGUGAGCUUUGAAACAUCCCAAAGUCAUGGUACAAACUCCAUAAUUGUCUACUUUUCCCAGGUUCCCACUUUUGAGCUUUAAUAAAAUCACGAGGUCUGGCAUUCACAGCCUCUAAUAAGCAAUUUUAUUAUAUCUAAAGGCUUAUGGAAACCAAACUUCUUAUUCCAGUCACUCAAUAUUAAGAAUUGGUAAAAAAACAGUGUCAUAAUAAAUGUAUACUACUGUUAAACAUUUGCAUAAUAUCACAAGGCUCACAGAAAGGUUUUCUGUCAGCCUUUAUGUUUUGUUGCAUAUGUUACGCUUAAAGAUCGAAAACGCUCAGUGAGCGGAAAUAUAGCUCACAACCCGUUGUGGUCACAGUAAAAUAUCCACAUUGCGAAAUUAAUUUUCUUUUCAGGCAGGCUUUUCUUCAUUGCCACAACGCAUUGAGAUCGAAUAGCAUGUUAACCAAAACACGAAUUUCGCUAUUUGGUCUUUCUGUGAUUGCUACAACGCGUCGUGCGCGUUUUCAUUAAGAGCCAUAACACUAAUUUCGCAAUGUGGAUUUUUUAUUGUGACCACAACGUGUUGAGAGCUAUUUCUCCGUACACUGAGCGUUUUCGAUCUUUGAGUGUUACAUAUAUAUAAUUGCAACAAUCAUAGUAUAAUAUACUAUAAGAAUGAUCACUGGUUGAUCAAUAAUAAUCAUAAAUUCAAUGUAGGUACUGCAUUGCAUUUCAAAUAUGUAUUUAUAAAAAAAUAAUUAUGCUUAGAUUGGUAUGUUUUUUAUUUGGUUUGUUUUUUGUAUUUGUAGUAUAGACAGACAUGCAAUAAUUCUAUUAUAGUAUUUUGUGUAUUUUUUUCGUCAUUCAAUGGAAAUGUGAGCAAGUGUUUUAUAGUCGUUUUUAGGUCAAAUAUUUUUGUAUGUGAAAAUCAUAGCUUAAGAUGACAAUGAUGGUGGCAUUUUAGUGUGAUUAUAACGCAUAGAUCAUCGAUAUUACUCGUGAGUACUUUAUAGACUGCUUUGAGUUACAGGAGAUGCUUGAAAUUAAUUUGUAUAUAACUUUAAUUAUUAUUUAUGUAAUAAGAACAAAUGCGCAAUUUACAAAUAAAUCUUAUUGUAAUAUGUACUGCACUUUAUAAAUUAUUGAAUUAUAA